GGUCCAAUUGAAGUUACUCAGCUGAAUUUAGGUGAAGAGUAUCCUAUGUUUAAUAACGCACGAAUACGGCCGUCCGAACAGCCAGGGAGAAUGCGUGUUGAAGUUGAUUGUGUUUUUACUGAUCAAAUCACGUUGGGCAUUGAUACGCAUAUAUUCAUAAAUUGGCCAAAGCCAAAAAUAGCCGUAUUGCCUAUUUCUAUGGUAGUAUCAGUAGUCAAGUUCUCGGCCACGAUGACUCUCGAGAUUGUAAACACGCAUCAGUCGACUUCUAUAGCGACAUCAGCCCUCCCUGACUUUGCUUUAUGCUUUGACGUACAGUCUCUCAUUGGCUCUUGUUCAAAGCUGGAAAGCGUACCCAAAGUGACUCAUAUAUUGACAUCCAAACUCCGCAACCUCUUUU